GGGCCCGGCCCGCCCGGCGCCCGCGCUCUCCCGCCGGCGAUGGCCCUGCUCCGGUACUUCUUAUUCCUCUACGGCCUGAAGCAGGCGCUGGGCAGCUACCCGAUCUGGUGGUCCCUGGCUGUUGGGCCCCAGUAUUCAUCUCUGGGCAUGCAGCCCAUCCUCUGUGCCAGCAUCCCGGGCCUGGUCCCCAAGCAGCUGCGCUUCUGCCGGAACUACGUCGAGAUCAUGCCCAGCGUGGCAGAAGGCCUCCGGGUCAGCAUCCAGGAGUGCCAGCACCAGUUCCGCGGUCGCCGGUGGAACUGUACCACCGUCAACAACAGCCUGGCCAUCUUCGGCCCCGUGCUGGACAAAGCCACCCGGGAAUCUGCCUUUGUGCACGCCAUCGCUGCCGCUGGCGUGGCCUUCGCGGUGACGCGCUCCUGCGCGGAGGGCUCCGCCACCAUCUGCGGCUGCAGCAGCCGCCACCAGAGCUCACCGGGAGACGGCUGGAAGUGGGGCGGCUGCAGCGAGGACAUCGAGUUCGGCGGGAUGGUGUCUCGGGAGUUCGCGGAUGCACGGGAGAACAGGCCUGACGCCCGCUCUGCAAUGAACCGCCAUAACAACGAGGCGGGGCGCCAGGCCAUCGCCAGCCACAUGCACCUCAAGUGCAAGUGCCACGGGCUGUCGGGCAGCUGCGAGGUGAAGACUUGCUGGUGGUCGCAGCCCGACUUCCGCGCCAUCGGCGACCUCCUCAAGGACAAGUACGACAGCGCCUCGGAAAUGGUAGUGGAGAAGCACCGCGAGUCCCGCGGCUGGGUGGAGACGCUGCGGCCGCGCUACACCUACUUCAAGGUGCCCACGGAGCGCGACCUGGUCUACUACGAGGCCUCGCCCAACUUCUGCGAGCCCAACCCCGAGACCGGCUCAUUCGGCACGCGCGACCGCACCUGCAACGUGAGCUCGCCGGGCAUUGACGGCUGCGAUUUGCUGUGCUGUGGCCGCGGCCACAACGCGCGCGCGGAGCGGCGCCGGGAGAAGUGCCACUGCGUCUUUCACUGGUGCUGCUACGUGAGCUGCCAGGAGUGCGCGCGCGUCUACGAUGUGCACACCUGCAAGUAGUGGUGCGCGCCUGGCGCGGGAGGCGGGGCUCCUCCCUGGAUGGGGGUGGGGAGGGGCGGUGAGGCUCCAGGGGUGAGGCUCAAGGGUGGGGGCGGGACCCUCUCUGGGGACGGGGCUCCCA